CGAAGCUGUUGUAUGAAGUCGGUUAGUGCGCGAUCGUUGUGGGAAUUUUUAUUUAUUGGUGCUCGCUACAAACAAUAACAACAACAACACGUUGUCGAAGUGAAGUGCAUACGAAUUUUUUCGACUUACGAAGUUUUAAAGAAGUGCAGCGCAGUGAAUUUGGCUUUCUUAUGCGGGAAAGUGUCACAAAAAUAAAAGAAUUGGCGCAAAAAAAUUACAAUUGCUCCCAUUUAUGUUUACAUUUGCAUGUGGAGCCAGGAAAAAAAUAAUAAUUUUCCGCUGUGAAAGGUGAAUAAUACAAAGCGCAUACGAAGUGAUGUAAAGCAACAAACGAAAUUAAAGUGAAGUACCUACAUAUUUAACGACACCAAAAGUGACGAUGCCGAGGCCAAAGAAUAAGCAAAGGCAGUAAGUGAAGAGAAGUGAAAGAAAGUAACACGAAACUAGUGUGUUUGGGUAGCAAAAACGAGGAAGAAGCAGAAGACAAGCAAAGCAGAUAUCGAAAAUGUAGAAGUGUGGAGGCGCAGUGCAAAUGCAAUUGGAGUAAAUACAUACAUACAAACAUAUGUACAUAUGUAUAUGCAUGAGUGUUAUUCAAGCGAAUGAGUACAGUGAUGCGCUUUGCAAUUGUUACAAUUUAAUUGGAGUGCUCAACAAAUGAGGUGAAAAACAAUAACAAAACAUCAACAAAAAAGUAUAAUAACAAAGAAUACAAAAAAAAAAAAAUGCUGUAAAUCAAGUGGUAUUAAUGUGAGGAGCGGAAAGUAUAAUUGAAACAAAGUAAAAAAAAAAAAUUAAUAAAGUGAAAAAUUUUUAAACAAAGUUGAAAAAAAAUUAAACAAAGUGCAAAGAAAAAAAAAAUUGCAAAUGCUAUAAUAAUUGUCUGAAUAAAUAAGUGGAAUAAUUGCAAAUUGGCAGCUAGCUUGUGUUAGUGCUAAUGAAAACAUGCAAAUUAAUAUUCAAACAUAAAAGCAAUUCUUGACACCUUUAAUGCGAAAUCUCUCCAAUUGUCUGGUUGAACGCGCAAUUCGUCUUUAUUGCAACAAAAGCAAAAAACAAAGAAUUCUCCAUAAAGUGCUUACAGAAACGUGUUAUUUAAGCGGUGUGAAUAUAUAAAUACACACACUCACAUACAUACAUAUGUAUAUGGUGUAUACUGGUGCUUGUGUGCUUAAGGUUAAACCAACAGUUACUCGGGAUCGAUUGCAUUUUUGUGGAUUUAAGCAAAAUUUUAAAUUCGUUGGAAAAUAAAUUCGUUAAGUGGUGGCUUGUAUGAGCAAUAUUUGUGCAGAUUAUAUACACACACAUACAAACAUACAUAUGCAUAUGUGAAUGUGCAGCGAGACAACAGGUUGUUUGCUUGUGAGUAAUUUACUAAAGAACAAAUCGAUCUCCAACAGAUUUCAUCCCCAAUCAAGAAUAGCGUUAUAAGAUACAACAACAACAACAAUUUUGAUGAGAUAAGAAAGAAAGGAAACUUUAAUCGAGUGUUUUUAUCGACAACUACAAUCGAUUACCAAUUUACUUAGAUAUUUUGGUAUUUCGUCAAUACUCACAAGCGCUAUUCGAUUGUAACGGGAGUUGUUUUGCGCUGGCGGAACAAAGCAGCUGUUGCUCCAAGCGACACACAGACAAAAUCAUAUGCACACACACAUAUACGUGAAGGGCGUAAUAAAUGCACGCAAAUGUGCAACAUUAUCCGCAAAUAUGUAAAAGCCAAUGUCAACAGCAAAACAACUGCCACAGCAACAACAACCACCAACAGCCAGCAAUAACAGCACAGAGCAAAGUAUAAAAGCAGGAAAUCACAUUUUGAGAUUUACACAAGUCAAAGCGGGCGCAACAAAGCAGCUAAAAUACAAAAAAAAAAAUACCGCAGCAAGAAAGAAGCAGCAAAAAAGCUAUACAACAAUUACAAACAAACGUCAGUGGGCUCUGCUAAUUACAAAGUGACACAAUACUGCUGCUAAGUUGCUCUGGUAUUAUAGCAAAAUAAGAGCCAACACAAAGCAGUAAACAACCGUUAACUCCCAAAGGCAACAAAAUAAUCAAACAGCAAGCCAACAAAUAACAAAUAACGGACACCCAAACGAACCGCCAAAGGAUUCAGUGCGAGGACGUUAAUUAAUCACAAGCUUGUGCAGAAAACGAACUUGCCACAGCAACAUUACUACUAAUACAUACCUACAUGCAACACGCACACUCGGCAAACAAAGCAAUCAAGCAAUCAGCAACACGCCCAAAACAACCGCCGACACUGCAACAACGAAAGCUUAGCUGGGUAUCAUAGAUUGGCUAAAGCAAGCUGACAGACACCAAAAGGCAACGGGUAGCUAACGGUCAGGCAUUGCCACAUUGCGGCGCACAAUAGCGUGGAGUUAAUAAUACGCCUCUUGCGGACACUGGCACUGUAAGCGCAGCAGGCAAUUAUCGAUAAUAGCAGACAGUUGAGAAGCUGUAGCAACCGGAAAGUCAGAGUUGCACGAGUUGCACAAAGGUAAACGCGUGCAACACGAAGCAGCAUUACACACACACACGCACACGCACACACGACAUGUUAAGCCACAUUGAUAAGCUUGUGGCUAGUUGUUGUAGCAGCAGCAACAACAGCAAUAUGCGUAAUCAACAGCAUUAUACAGCGAGUUGCGAAAGCCACAGCAGCGAAAACACAACAACAAAACACAUUAACUCUGCGCCACAACAACAGGAACACAGCACGCGCUCUUCCAUGUCACUGACGCUACUCACACAAACGCUAUUCUUGCUGUUGCUGCUCGUAAGCAUCUCGCCCACGGAUGGCAACCCUGACUGGAUGCAACACUGCAGCAUGUGCCAUUGCAAUUGGAACUCGGGCAAGAAGACAGCUGAUUGCAAGGCGCGCUCACUCACCGCCAUACCCGACGAUCUGAGCAACGAAAUGCAAGUUGUGGACUUCUCCAAUAAUCUGAUACCCGAGUUGCGGCGUGAAGAGUUCGCAGAUGCGAACUUGCAGAAUCUGCAUAAGAUCUUCUUGCGUAAUUGCACGAUACAGGAGGUGAACCGUGAUGCGCUCAAAGGUCUACCCAUACUCAUCGAGCUGGAUAUGUCGCACAAUUUCAUACGCGAACUGCAUGUCGGCACAUUCAGUGGGCUGGAAAAGUUGCGCACGCUCGUCAUGAAUCACAAUGAAAUCGAGGUGUUGGAGAAUUAUCUCUUUGUCGACUUACCAUUUCUAUCACGCGUCGAAUUCAAGAAUAAUCGCCUGAAGCAAGUCGAAGUGCAUGCCUUCGGCCAGCAACCGAUGUUGUCGGCCAUCUACCUCGAAGCGAACGCGUUGUAUGUGCUGCGCAAAGAGACCUUCACACGCAUACCGAAACUGACGCAUCUCUCGCUGGCGCAGAAUCCCUGGAACUGCACCUGCGAACUGCAAGCCUUACGCGACUUCGCGCUCGCCAAUCGUCUGUACACACCGCCCACAGACUGCGCACAACCGCCAGCGCUACGUGGCAAGCUUUGGACCGAUGUACCAUCGGAGAAUUUCGCCUGUCAGCCACACAUACUCGGCUCGGUGCGCUCAUUUGUCGAAGUGCAGUCGGAUAAUAUAACACUGCCGUGUCGUGUUGAAGGUACGCCGCGCCCAAAUAUCACCUGGAUUUACAAUCGACGCGCCAUCAAUCCGAACGAUCAACGUUUUCGUGUGCUCAACUCGCUCGAACAGCAGCCAGUGAUCAGCUCCGAACCGCUACAGUCGAUCACCUCUGAGUUGCGCAUUUUUAAUGUGCGCGCCAGCGAUAAGGGUGUCUACACUUGCAUAGCGGAGAAUCGUGGCGGCAAAGCGGAGGCUGAAUUUCAAUUGAUCGUCGAUGGUGACUUCUUUGGCGCGCUCGAAGGUAUCGGGGUCGGCAUGGGCGCCUCCACCACAGACACGCAAUCGAAUUUCUUACUCGUCAUCUGUUUAAUUGUCAUCACCGUGCUGUUGAUACUCAUGUGCAUUCUACUCAUUGCCUGCUGGUAUUGUCGGCGUGCACGCUCUUAUCAAAAGGAUGCGACCAUGAUGAGUGAGAAUGGUUUGAUAUCGACGAAAAUGGACAAGACCAAUAGUUCGAUGUUGGAGGGUUCGGUAAUUAUGGAAAUGCAGAAGAGUCUGCUCACCGAGGUGAAUCCGGUUGAGAAGCCGCCGCGUCGCACCGAACUGGAGAAUGUCGAUGGCAGCGAUGAGGGGCAUGAAAUCAAGAAGACACUACUGGAUGAAUCACAAUUCGGCAAUCACCCGCGCGACGAUGAAACCCACUCAGUCGCUAUGUCGGAUGCCAAUGCACCACGCGUACGCCACACCUACAUCGACGACACCUACGGCACCAGUCUGCCGCCCGAUCUGCUCGCCUUUCCGGCACGCGUGCCGCCCACCUCACCUUCCAUGCAAUCGUCACACAGCAACAUACCGGAACAAAUCAUCUAUGGCAUACGCUCACCACCGCUCACCAGCCCGGUGUACGCGCACAUGACGCCGCAUGGCAUCUACGGCACCACAACCAUCGCUGCCGCCACACCGAACGGUUUCAUGACACUACAACAUCCGAAAUCGCGCAACUUGGCGCUCAUAGCCGCGGCCAACAAUCGUCAGCAGCUGCAACAGCAACAUGUACACGCCCACCUGCCGCCGCAGCAGCAUGGCGGCGCACACCAGCAGCAAUCACCGUUCUUGCCAGCGCCCGUUAUGUACUCACCCACCACAGCGGUGGUGAUGAAGCAAGGCUACAUGACGAUACCGCGUAAACCGCGCGUUCCCAGUUGGGCGCCCUCCACAUCCACCACAAAUGCCACACAAUUGAGCGAAUUCCAAUCGCCCACAUCGCCAAAUCCCAGCGAAACUGGCACCGCCACCACAGCCGAACUGCAAGCGGAGCCCGUGUACGACAAUCUCGGUCUGCGCACAACAGCCGCCGGCAAUUCGACGUUAAACUUGCACAAAGUACAUCCGGAGGCGAGUAGCGGCGCUGCGACCUCGACGCGUUACACAAUGCGCGACCGCCCGUUACCGGCAACGCCGAGCCUUACUUCGGUGGCGUCAUCGAGCGCAUCGGCCGCCAUGCAACAACAGCCGCAGACGCAGCCGCAGCCACAGCAAGCGCAGCAGCUACAACAACACACGCCAACAAAACAAAACAAAGGUGUCGCGAGCACAUCGGCGGCCGCCGCGACUGCAGCGAAAAUCUAUGAGCCCAUACACGAGCUGAUGCAUAAUCAUCAUAUGACAACGACCUCCGACACGGAGCCACUUUAUGGCACCGCGCGACAUCACAACGGUCUGACCAUUGUGCCGAGCAUUAGCGGCAGCAGCGCACUAAACACUUCCAGCAGCACGAACGCGUCGAUGGGUGAGCCCACGAAAGUGGCGAAAAUACCGCCACGCCCACCACCAAAGCCGAAGAAGAAGAUGUCGGUGACAGCGACACGCGGCGGCCAAGGCAGCACCAGCCAACUGUUCGACGACGAGGGCGAGGACGGCACUGAAGUUUAGUUGCACGACAACAAUGGCGGCGACAGCAACUGCAACACCAACGACAACAGCGACGACGCCACCUAAAAGUUUGCGCGGAAAAAUGGCAGCUCAUAACUGUAAACCAUAUGCAGUGACAGCGUGGAGCAGCAACGAAAAUGUAUGGUAAAUGUGCGAAAGCGUAGUGUAUAGGUGUAUGUAAGUAGGUACGUACAUAUGUAUGUAUUCGUAUUUGUAUGUAUAGAUAGUUAGUUGGAAAAUAAUUGGAAAUCAACUAAAGAAAGGUACGCGCUUCAGGCGGGUGCGGUGAAUUCGGAUGGUGGAUGUGUUGUAGUGUAUACAUAUACAUAUUUUUAGCCUUGCAUUGCAGCUGCGGUGACAGUUACCUGAGGCUGAACAUGUGGAUAUGGAUUUAAUAUGUGCAUAACUGUCAAAAAAAUUCAAUUUUGUAUCCUUUAAUCCAAUAUUCUAAUCUAAAAUUUGAUUGUGCUGCAAAAAGUUAUGGCACAUCAAUUUUAAUCAUGCUUCAUUUAAAAAUCAUUACUUUCAGUCCAGUUCUUACAUACAUCUUCAUUUCCAUUUUUUUUUUCGUUCUAAUUCGAAUUUAAAGCUCAUAUUAUUGUUGCUUUUUUAGCGGUAGAAAAUAUUCCACAAAUAAUUGUAGUAAAUGCUACGGAAUUGAGAACACUUGACCAUAGUCAAAUUCUGAUUCGUUCCUGUUACGUAGACCCGACUGUUUAGGAAACGCAUAAACUUAAAGUUCAAAAGUUUCAAAGCUUAUCUAGUUCAGCAAAGCUCUUUAAAAAAUAUUGCGCAGACCAUAAUCAGAUAGUAAUUACUUUUGUGGUGAGUUUUGAAUAAUGUUCUUGAGUUUCAAAAAAUCUCUGUGUUGGAAAAAAAAUUUUAGCCUGAGCUUAAAUCAAUUAAUUUCUCAUAAUAUCUGAAAAGAAACAUAAAUUCACCACUUUUUGCUUGCAUUGUAAGGCAUUCUGAUAAAAGGGGUGUUAAAAUACACAAAAUUAUGUAGUGAAAAAAUAUCUUAGACGGAGUUGCAAAUGUGUCACAUGAUUUCCAUAUAAUAAACUCACCGAUUGGUGUUUGCAUUAUGGCGCUACCACCAUACGUGUGGUGAAAUAUUAAAAAUAGUGUGGUGAAAAAAUCCAUAUCAGUCCGAUCUCAAGCUAUGUAAAUUCCCAUCAUCUUCAUCCUGGAUAAUGCAUUCAGCCUUUUCUGUUUUCAUUAUGAAGCUACCAUCACACGUGUGGUGAAAUAUUGAAAACUUCAUUUUGGUAUGAGCUUGAGCUAAAUAAGUUCCCAUAUGUCAGGUAAUAACCUAAACAUUUUUGUGUGCACCAUCAGAAUUGCUAUCAAAUUUAUUAUGAAAUAUUCAAAAUGGUGUGUGGUGGCAAAUUCAUAUUGGCUUGAAUUUGAGCUUGAGCUAUGUAUAUAACAUUCAUCAUCUCUGCCUCAAAUAGCAACCUUUUAAUUUUUGUUAGUACCUUCAAAGAUUGCAAUAAAAUGUAUGGUGAAAUAUUCAAAAUAGUGUGAUGAAAGAUAAAUAUUGGUCUGAGCUUGAGCCUUUCUAUCAUCUCCGACUCAUAUAAUAAACUUACCAUUCUUGUUUGCACCAUGAAGCAUUGCGAUAAAAUGUAUGAUGACUUAUUCAAAGCGGUGUAGUGAAAAAUGCAAACUGAACUGAAUUUGAGCUAUAUAACUUUCCAUCAUCCCGAUAAAAAGUGUGGUGAAAUACUAAUAGUGUGAUGAAAAAUAAUUCUGCUCUAUAAAAUGAUUUUUUUUUUUUUUGGAAUUUAAAAAAUUAGAACUCCAUAACAGCAUAAUUAUUAUUUUAAAUUUUUUUUUGAUCAACAUCUGUUUCUUGACCACAUGUUUUUAAGAAAAAUAUAAUAUAUAUUUUUUUACAAACUAGUUUUCCAAACUCCAAACGAGCUUUAAAUUCAUUAUGUACAUCGCACAUAGCCCAGCUGACCCAAUCUGUUCACAUAUGUUGAAUACCGGUAACACCACCUUACAACAAAUGGUAAAUACUUGCACAAAACUGCGCUCAAUGCAACACACCACUCGUAUUCACCACCUCGCACAUGAAGUGUGGCUAAUCGCGUGACGACUUGUGUGCCAAACGACUGAUGUAGAGUUUAGUAAAUUACACAGAAAAUUACAAAUAGCAAAACAAAAAGCAAAACAGGAAACAAAAAAUCGAAAAAAAAAAUCAGAGAACAACACUUUUAGAAAACAUGAAAAUGCAAUAAUGGAAAUUCGAGAAGAAGAAGAAAAUUAAGAAUGAAGAAAUGCAACUAAAAGGACUUUCAUGCUUCAAAAGUAGUAGUGCACAAUUUCAAAGAACAAAUUAGUACAACUUUUUUGCUUUGUUUCACGUCGUAUCCUUUGUUGAUUUUGUUGCUAUUGCCAUUUUCAAUUUUAACUCCAACAAACAUUUUUAAUUGGGCAACAAUGAAAUAGAAAAAGAAAUGAAGAAAACACUUAAAAUUGGCGCACUUUGCACAAUAAGCGAAGGAAUAAAGAGCGAAAUCGAGCGGAAGUGCAGAAAAGGCUUUGUAGCUGUAAGUAAAAGUAAAAGCUGUAAGCAGGAUAUGCUGUCGGGUGAAAGCGGAAAAUUGCGAUUUCAAAGAAAAUUUGGUGCAUUGAACUUUGGCUAACAUAUGUGAGGCCUGCUAUUGACAGAUUUGGGUAAGUGUCUCUUACGCCUUUCGCCGCCUAUUUUUUACCAUACGCCCUUAACAACAACAAAAUUUCUAAACUAAAAAAAUCUGCAAUUUUUUUUACAUGUUUUUUUUACUAUUUAAUUGUAAGUACAGUAGCGAUAUGUACAUUCUUAGCUAGGUAUAUAUUUGUAAAGAGAAGGAAGAAACAAAAACAAAACACGAAAAACAAAAAAAGAAAACAAGCGAUAAUGAAAACGAGCAACUAAAUUAGUAAAGUUUAACUUUAUAUUUUAA